AUGCCCUCAUUGGCCCAUCGUUUGGCGGAGUACAUCCUUUCUACUUGUCUCAACCCUCAUACAGCUCCUGCUGUGUUAUUACGCUGUAGCUAUUAUACUGACAACAACGCUGAUGCGAAGGCUCUCGCUGAAGCUGCUGAGGCUUUACUACUCGAUAAGUUCGACGAAUGUAUUCAGCCGAGGCUGGGGAACCCCUUGAGGGUAUAUGAGCUGUCACAGCUCCCAAUGGCGAUGAUAGGAAGGAUACUAACGUCGGAUAAGUUGGGUCUGGGGGCCUCUUCGGGAGAUGAAGAACUGGUCUUGAGGACAUGUACGAACGUAUUGAGGCAGAGGAUGGAUAGAAGGCAUAUCAGGGUGGGUAUGGAGAUGGUGAAGCCAUUGAGUGGCGCUGUCGAGGUUAAGUUGAGGGUGAUGGAAGGGAUAGCUAGCGGGUCGGAGUGUGUGAGGGGGGAUCCUGUACCGAGAAUAGUAGAGGGAAUAGUACCUUUAUUGGACGAGGCGCCUUUGGGGGAGGUGUGGGCUGAAGUGGAGUGGAAGCUCUCAUCAGGAGAGGUCAUUGUGGAUGAGCUCUCGAAAGAGGUCUUCCAGAAGCCACAGCAAGAGGAGGAUGAGGAAGAGGAGGAUGAUGGAAAGGAGGUGUCUCUGCCCAGUGGCGCGGUGGUGAGGGUCACACUACGGUCUGAGGAGCCCGUCCAGGAGCCGGAAAAGGAUUCUGGGGAGAGUGGUGGUGAUGAAGAUGUAGCUGUGGAAGAGGAAGGGGAG